GCGCUGGGGCCACCGCGACCGCGCCACUCUGCCGGGCCUCCCCGCCGUCGACCGCGCGGUACGCCGCCUGCCCGCCCAUUCCCGGCGCGGGGCCGCCUGCCGCGGGUUCCGGGCGGACCAUGAGUCUGAGCAGCCCGCCGCCCGCCGGCUGGCUAUGUGUGCUGGCCAGCGCCCUCGCCUGCGCCCUCGGCCCCGCGGGUGGCCAGGCAACCAACUGGCAUUGGGAGGAGGAAUGUUACCACAUGCAGAUGAUCGAGGUGCAGCACAAGAGGUGCCUGGAGGAAGUGCAGCUGGAGAAUGACACAGCAGGCUGCAGCAAGAUGUGGGACAACCUCACCUGCUGGCCAGCCACCCCUCUGGGCCAGGUGGUCGUCUUGGCCUGCCCCCUCAUCUUUAACUUAGUUUCCCCAGCUCAAGGCCGCAAUGUGAGCCGUAGCUGCACCAGCGAGGGCUGGAUGAACCUGGAGCCUGGCCCCUACGACAUUGCCUGUGGCUGGAAUGACAAGGCAUCAGAUUUGGACCAGCAGCGGUCCAUGUUCUACAAUUUCGUGAAGACCAGCUACACCAUUGGCCACAGCCUGUCCCUCGCUGCCCUCCUCGUUGCCAUGGCCAUCUUGAGCCUGUUCAGGAAGCUCCACUGCACGCGGAACUACAUCCACAUGCACCUCUUCAUGUCCUUCAUCCUGAGGGCCACCUCUGUCUUCAUCAAAGACUUGACCCUCUUCGACAGCGAGGAGUUGAACGAUUGCACCAUGGGCUCGGUGGGCUGUAAGGCAGCCAUGGUCUUAUUCCACUACUGUGUCAUGGCCAACUUCUUCUGGCUGCUGGUGGAGGGCCUCUACCUGCACACCCUGCUUGCCGUCUCCUUCUUCUCUGAGCGGAAGUACUUCUGGGGGUACAUACUCAUCGGCUGGGGGGUGCCCAGCACAUUCACCAUUGUGUGGACCAUCAUCAUGAUCCAUUUUGAAGAUUAUGGAUGCUGGAGCACCAUCAACUCCUCAGUGUUGUGGAUCAUACAGGCCCCCAUCCUCACCUCCAUCUUGGUGAACUUUAUCCUGUUUAUUCGCAUCAUCCGAAUCCUGGUUCAGAAACUUCGGUCCUCAGAUGUUGGGAAGAGUGACAGCAGCCCGUACACGAGGCUGGCCAAGUCCACCCUUCUGCUGAUCCCCCUGUUUGGAGUGCACUACUCCAUGUUCGUCUUCUUUCCCCACAACUUCCAAGCUGAAGUGAGAAUGGUGUUUGAGCUCGUCGUGGGGUCUUUCCAGGGUUUUGUGGUGGCCAUCCUCUACUGCUUCCUCAAUGGUGAGGUACAGGCGGAGCUGCGGCGGAAGUGGCGGCGCUGGCACCUGAAGGGCAUCUUGGGCUGGAACCUCAAAUACCAGCACCCCUCGGGAGGCAGCAGCGGGGCCACGUGCAGCACGCAGGUGUCCAUACUGACCCGCGUCAGCCCUGGCGCGCGCCGCUCCUCCAGCUUCCAGGCCGAAGUUUCCCUGGUCUGACCGCCGGGGCGCCCAGGGGCCCAGGGCGGCCCCUCCCGGCCGCACCACCCACCCCCGGGGCGGCACCGGGGACGGAGGCCUGCCCGGGCGAGGCCAGCCCCAGCCCUGGGGUCGGAGGCUGCUCCCACCCUCCACCCCAGGUCACGGUCCACACGCCCCGAGAGAACUCUGCCCUGGCGUUUUCCUG